AUGGCCAGUGGAUCAUUCACUGCUACCCUUACACCCCCAGGCAACGAUUCUACCUUGAUUAAGCGGCAUACAUCAGCCUUGGCACUUGAAAAGCUCCACCAUCACUUCUUUCUUGAAGUCGUGCCUCGCUUCCGAUGGAUCGAUCUUCCGGAAAACUCGUGGCGGAACACCAUCCAACCUCUCGCCCGGCAUUCGCUUUGCCUCCAACUAGCUGUGGCUGGUCACGCUGCUGCUCAUCUGUCGAUCACUUGGAUGGGUUCUGUCGACGAGAGGGACCGCUUUCGUUCUGUCUGCCAGGAGUUAAGGGACUCAUGUCUCCGGAUGUUGAAUGAAAGCAUGCGUUCGGAUUUACUUUCGAAUUCUGAUUCCACCAAGCGCUAUUCUCUUGGAUCUUCCCCCUUAGAGGUGCUUGCGGACACACUUUUAUUGUGCUAUGCAGAUGCUUUCAUCCCUGGUUCCACGGAUUGGAGACUUCAUCUACGGGCAUGUCAAACUGUGAUCAGUUCCAAUGUUUUACAGGACCGGCUUGGCGGAUUAAACAGCGCUUCUGAGACUUUCUUGCUUAAGGAAGUGGCUGAUCUCGAGAUUCUAAGUGGCAUCUCGGUUUUCAAUCAGAAGUCAAGUCCUAUUACAGACUCUUUCUUUCAGGAAUUAUAUAGUGAUUCUCCUUAG